GGGUCACCCUUCUGAUCCUCGUAGUAAUGUGCCUAUGUUUGCCGGAUAUGACCCUAACAAGUACAUUCUCUCUGACCGCGUGCCACCAGGGGUUCUCACCGAUGAAAGCCUGACGCCGGGCCGGCCGCCGCGUCUGACGCAACGGACUAUCGACAAGUUCUUGCAGCCGCUCACCAGGGACCUAUCAAUGUGUCCGCCGAGACCAACGAUUAAGGAGCUACCAGAUUCCGUGAAGGAUCGAAUGGUGCAGCAAGACAAAGCUUUUUGGGUGGACAAGCCGGGUGCCAAUGCCUAUACUCUCCACGAUGCCUACUACGACUACGGCAUGACUACAGAAAUAGUCAAACCAGUUCACCAGGAUGUGUUCCCGCGUUCGUACCAGUAUGAUUUGGACUGUGUCAAGUAUCGCCGCGCCCAUGGCUGUGAUGGUUUAAAACAAUCGCCAAAUGAAAAAAAGGUUCCUCUAAAGGCCUACUGUCGAGACUGCAGCAACAAGAAGGACCCUGGUUUGACCCCCUUUCAACUCGCGUGGGCUAAGGACUCUGGGCAGAAAAGGUGGCGAAACUACCCUGAUCUCUCAGCUUCGUUGACCCCCGAAGAAAUCCGGAAAUCCAUGGAUGAGGUUGGUCGUCCAUUCCAGCACGAUGCAUGCAAUUGGUACUAUACGAACUAUCCUUCUGUCAAAUAUCCAGUUAUUAUGCGGAAAUUUUCUAAAUAACAUUGGUUUGUACCUAUUUAUUUAUGACAGCAUAUA